AUGGCCUUGGUUCUGCAGCUGCUGCCGCUGCUGCUGUCGAGGGCCCAGGGGAACCUCGGGGCUUCACUGGACGGCCACCCUGGGGACCGGGUGAAUCUCUCCUGCGUAGGGGUCUCGCAACCCACCCGCUGGGUCUGGGCACCUAGAUUCCCGGCCUGCAAAGGCCUGUCCAAAGGACGCCGCGCGAUCUUGUUGGCCUCACCGAGCGGGACCCCCACCGUGUCUCCCGUCCAGCCCUUUGCUGGCCGCCUACGUGCCCUGGACCUUGAUAUCCGGCGGCUGGAGUUGCUCCUGAGCGCGGGGGACUCGGGCACCUUUAUCUGCAAGGGCCGCCAAGAGAACGAGAGCCGUACGGAGCUUCACGUGCUGGGGGACCGGGCCUAUUGCAGAGCUCCGGGGCCUACCCACGGGUCCGUGUAUCCCCAGAUUCUAAUCCCGCUGCUGGGCGCUGGGCUGGUGCUGGGACUCGGAGUAUUGGGCUGGGCCUGUUGGCUGCGCAGGCGCUCGCCCCCUCACCCGCCUCGACCACCCCCCAGAUUUGCUCUGUCCCCCCCACAUAGUUCCACUCGUGAAAGCGGAGCCCCAGAGGCCAGUAGAGAAGGAAGAGCACAAGAUUGCAGGGGACCUGGACCAGGAGCCGAGCCUGCUCUACGCAGACCUGGAUCAUAUGGCCCUCAGAAGAUCCUGCCGACUGUCCCCAGUGGUCCCUGCUGA